AUGCACGCUCCACAGCCUGGUCUCUCGGAGCACUGCCAGCCACUCGCCGAGCCGGGCGUCCUCACCACCGGACUGGCAGCUCUACUCGUCGUGGGCAUCCUCGUGUCCUACCUCCCACAGCAUGCCAAGAUCAUCAAAAGACGUACCUCGGAGGGUCUCUCGCCAUGGUGGGUGUUGCUGGGUGGGCUCAGCUCCAUCGCUGCAAUCGGCAAUAUCCUCACCAUACCCACCUCACGAGCAGACAUGGCGUGCUGCAACGAGCUCAGCGAGGGUCAAUGUUUUGCUGCGUUGCUGGGAGUUUUACAGAUUGGAGUGCAGUGGACGUGCUUCAUUAUCAUGCUCUUCCUCAUCUUCUUCCAACAAGCCAGCCCCGAAGUCGAAGACCUGUCCUCCUCAACCGCCUCUCUCACCAGGUCCGACCCCGUCAACCGCCGUGAUCCCGUUAUUGUCGGCUCCUUGAUCUUCGUCUCACUUUUUAUCGUCGCCGUCGUAUCGAUCAUUCUGGUCUUCAAAUACCCUGACCACACCCAAUUCUGGGCCGAUGUCUUGGGCACAAUCGCUGGCGUGCUUGCCGCCAUUCAAUACGUCCCGCAGAUAUACUACACCCACGUCCUUAAAGAUCUGAAAAGCCUGUCAAUCAUGACAUUGGGCAUACAAGCUCCUGGCGCUUUCGUUUUUGCCCUCUCCUUGGGCCUGAGAGUCGGAUGGCAAGGAUGGAGCACUUGGCUAGUGUAUAUUGUCACUGGUGUUUUGCAAUUCAUCUUGCUCGGCAUGGGCAUCUCGUUCUAUUGGCGCCGAAGGCAGGAGAAGAAACGAGCAGCUGCCGCUGAUGCUGAACGACGACGAGCUGAAGCUGAAGAAGAUUUCGGUGCAGUCAUCGGCGGCCACGUCAACCGCAGAGUCAGCAGUGCAAAUGUUCGACAGGUAGACGGAGUCGAUGAGGCCGCGGAAGCCGAGGCCGACGAGCGUACCGCCCUACUACACAACAAAGCACAAGUUCGCUUGCGGUAUGAGAACCACAACGCAAAUUAG